ACAUAUUUUCCCAGCCCACGGCGACCCCACGCGAAGUACUCCCAUUCCCGCGUUGAUUUCGGUGUUGCUCGCCGCGGCAUUGAGCACAAAAAUCCAAACUUUCUUCGUCUUCUCUCCUCUCUCCCUCCCGCUAAUCUCGCAGGCGAUCGAGAGGGCGAAAAGAGCAAUAAAGAUCCCACAUUUGCCUAUUUUUGGUUGCUCUCCCAGCCCUCUCCGAUCUCAUCUCCGUUUGCUCCUCUGCUCCCUGCAGUCGUCUCCCCUCCUCCCGUUCCCCCACCGAAAUCUACCCUUUUCCUGAGAAUUCCCCCGUUUCCGGCCUAUCCGGCGCCCAUUUUCGUAAUCUCGGCCGUUCUCGGUCGCCGGCGGUCCGGCGGGUGGCCCCGCGGUGAUGGGCUGCGUCGCAUCUAAAAAGGCGGUCUCCGUGACGCCGGCCGUGGACACGUCGGGCGUGCUGAGGGACCACAGGCAGGGAUUGGGUGCGGCCUCGGCUUCUUCUUCGCGGCGGCACCGGGCCGAGGAGCCGCGUUGGGAGAAGGAGAAAAAUGAUCGACGGGAGCCCGGUGACUCUGGGGAGGUGAGCGUGAAGAGCGCUAGCUCGCGGAGCUUUCGGCUGGGGAGUCUCCCCAAGAGUGUUCAAGGGGAGCAGGUCGCCGCCGGAUGGCCGGCUUGGCUCAGCGCCGUCGCCGGGGAGGCCAUUCAGGGAUGGGUACCACUCCAAGCUGACUCCUUUGAGAAAUUGGAGAAGAUUGGACAAGGUACCUAUAGCAGUGUAUUCAAAGCGCGUGAUCUUGACACGGGAAAGAUUGUUGCCUUGAAGAAGGUGCGGUUUGACAAUUUUGAGCCAGAGAGCGUUAGGUUUAUGGCAAGAGAAAUACUCAUACUUCGCAGGCUUGACCAUCCCAAUGUUAUGAAAUUGGAGGGAUUGAUUACUUCUCGGAUGUCAUGUAGUCUAUAUCUUGUAUUUGAAUAUAUGGAUCAUGAUCUUGCAGGGCUGUGUUCUUCUCCUGAGAUCACAUUAAGUGAACCACAGAUCAAGUGCUACAUGCAUCAGUUACUCUCUGGACUUGAACAUUGCCAUUCACGUGGUGUCAUUCAUCGUGACAUCAAGGGUGCAAAUCUUCUAGUCAAUAAUGAAGGAGUUCUGAAAAUUGCUGAUUUCGGUCUGGCAAACUUUUUCAGACCUGGACAUAAGCAGCCACUAACUAGCCGUGUUGUGACUCUAUGGUAUCGACCGCCUGAACUUCUGCUGGGUUCAACAGACUAUGAAGCAACUGUUGAUUUGUGGAGUGUUGGUUGUGUAUUUGCUGAGCUUUUUCUCAGGAAGCCUAUCUUGCAGGGAAGGACUGAGGUGGAACAGUUACACAAAAUCUUUAAGCUUAGUGGUUCCCCUCCAGAUGAGUACUGGAAGAAGUCCAAGUUGCCUCAUGCAACAAUUUUCAAACCUCAUCAUCCUUAUGAGAGUUGCCUCCGAGAGGCAUUUAAAGAUUUACCAGCAAGUGCUGUUUGUUUGUUAGAAGUUUUUCUAUCAGUCGAACCUUAUAAGCGUGGCACUGCCUCAGUUGCUCUUGCUUCUGAGUAUUUCACAACAACGCCAUAUGCAUGUGAUCCAUCAAGCUUGCCAAAAUACCCACCUAACAAGGAGAUUGAUGCAAAAAGUCGUGAGGAACUAUGCAGGAGAAGGGUCAUCAGUAGAGGACGUGGAGCAGAAGCAAAAAGAAGACAACCAAGAACACAGAGACCUCCACGAGAACUGAGUGUGCUCAGGAAAGUAGCAGGUCAACCAGAGGAGUUGCAGAUCAAUACUCAUGGAGUCAAUAACAAUGAUGUAAAGCGAGACCUUAAUAGAGUAAAUGGUGAAACUAGAUUGUUCAUAGAUCUGCAGCCAGAGCCAGCAAUUAAUCCUCCGAAGGAAGCAUGGCAUGUAAAGAAAAACUCCCAAGAGGAUUAUUCUUUCACAGGGCCCUUGCAUGUUUCUGCUUCUAGUGGCUUUGCAUGGGCAAGAAACCAGAAAGAAGGUUGUGCACAAGUUAGAUCUCACAGUAGAUCUAACUCAAGAAGUCAUCUUUCUGGUGCAGUGGAUCCAUCUCAUAACCUGCGAAACAAAAAUGCUCAUGACGUGAAGAGACAAGCAAAUGGAAAUGGAUAUGAGGCGCAUGCUGAUUCUGCAGGAUAUGAGCAACAUACAGUAGCAAAACAAGCAAUUUUGAAGAAGUGGACACAAUUAGAACGACCAGAUUCAUUUGAUUCCUGUGAUAUGUUCCAUUCUCAAGAUCUGUCAGAAGCAGUUUACUUGGGAGAUGGAGUGUCAUCAAAUCAUAGCAGCUUGGGCUAUCAGGAUCAAGUUGACAGAGUUGAGUUCUCAGGGCCUUUGUUGUCUCAAUCACACAAGGUUGAUGAACUUCUGGAGAAGCAUGAACGCCACAUCCGCCGAGUAGUUCGUAAAUCAUGGUUCCUAAGAGUGGCACGAAAGAAGCAAGGAAAGUAGAAAACCUGGGCGUGCUUUUUUCUAGUAGAACAGAAGCCCUACUGACACUGAUGGCUUCGCCAUUCAUGCCAAGGAACUAACAUCUAGCUGAGCUCAAAAAUGAUGUCGGAUAUGUUAGAUGAAGUAUUGAGAGUGUUCCCUCAACUGCUGGGUGAAAUGAAGUACAUUUGAAGUCGCUCUGAUUAACAAUUCUUUAGCUGUUGAUCUAAAAUGUGGUGCGAAGAAGUUGGAGCCCACAAUUCCUCCUUUCAACUCUAGGCUAACUGGGUUGGUGGUGAUGGCAAGCAUUUCUGGCAUCUCAGAAAGGAACAUGCAGGAUUAUCUGGAAACAAGUCAAUUCCUUGGUAAUCUAGCGAUAUCGUCGUGCUCAGCAGAUGCCCGAAACAGAGGCCAAGUUUCUGUAAAGAUCAUCAUAUAGAAAUAGAAGGAUAAGUUCUUUUAGCAUCAGCCAUCAAAUUUGUGAAUAGGGUUAAUUGCUGAAUUAUGCUGCCCAGUUGUUGAUACAGCAAUCAUGGUUCAAACCAAUCUACAAGUUGGCAUCAGGACAUGCCUAGAUGCAUGCCGUUUGACUUCUAGAAGGAACAUAAUUGCAGUAUCAACAUGAAAGAGAGGGCCUUUGAAAAGAAAAGUAAAGGUUACAUGCAUUUGGAGAUCAUUUUGUCUAAUCUUUUUUCAUUCUUAUGCAAGAUGAAAAAAGUACCAUAUGAAUAGCCACUAGGCUUGCUCAUCUUCUAAUGUGAAUAGCAAACCUUAUACUUCAGCUGGUUUCUGAAA